CACUUUUCUCAUGUCAGUUUACGAAAAAAUGACGGCAGGAUUGGAUACGUGUUCUUGUAGUUUAUGAUAUUUACGAGAAGAAGUAUUAGCUUAGUACAAAAAAUAGUUUGUAACAUUAAAUAUUUAGAUACGGACUAUAAAAAAUAAGUGAAGUAUUUUUAAGAGACAAUCUUUUCUCAUGUAUUAAAAAAUCUCGAACUGACGGCAACGUAGUAAUUCCACCAUGGAGGACGCUCACUCGAAAUCCGUGGAAGAAGUCUUAGGAUAUUUUGGCACAGAUCCAGACAAAGGCCUUAGUCCAGACCAAAUCAAAAGAAACCAAGAGAAAUAUGGGCCAAAUGAACUGCCUGCAGAAGAAGGCAAAAGUAUAUGGCAGUUAGUCCUGGAACAAUUUGAUGACCUCUUAGUCAAGAUUUUGCUGUUAGCCGCUAUUAUUUCUUUCGUUUUAGCUUUAUUUGAAGAACAUGAAGACGCGUUUUCAGCGUUUGUAGAACCCUUCGUUAUUUUACUUAUUCUUAUUGCUAACGCUGUUGUAGGAGUAUGGCAGGAAAGAAAUGCCGAAUCCGCCAUAGAAGCUUUAAAAGAAUACGAGCCCGAAAUGGGUAAAGUAAUAAGAGGCGACAAAUCUGGCAUACAGAAAAUCAGAGCGAAAGAGAUCGUCCCCGGUGACGUCGUAGAGGUGUCCGUCGGAGACAAGAUUCCCGCCGAUAUCCGCCUAAUCAAGAUUUACUCUACCACCAUCCGUAUCGACCAGUCCAUCCUGACUGGCGAGUCUGUCUCCGUCAUCAAGCACACAGACCCCAUUCCCGACCCCCGCGCUGUCAACCAGGACAAGAAGAACAUUCUCUUCUCCGGUACCAACGUCGCCGCCGGCAAGGCCCGCGGUAUCGUCAUCGGCACCGGCCUCAACACUGCCAUUGGUAAAAUCCGUACUGAAAUGUCCGAGACUGAGGAGAUCAAGACACCCCUGCAACAAAAACUCGAUGAGUUCGGUGAGCAGCUGUCUAAGGUCAUCUCCGUUAUUUGCGUUGCCGUCUGGGCCAUCAACAUCGGUCACUUCAACGACCCCGCUCACGGCGGAAGCUGGAUCAAGGGUGCCGUGUACUACUUCAAAAUCGCCGUCGCCCUGGCCGUCGCCGCCAUUCCUGAAGGUCUUCCCGCCGUCAUCACCACUUGUCUCGCUCUGGGUACCAGGCGUAUGGCCAAAAAGAACGCUAUUGUCAGGUCUCUGCCUUCAGUAGAAACACUCGGUUGCACAUCUGUUAUUUGCUCAGACAAGACCGGUACACUGACCACCAACCAAAUGUCCGUCUCUCGCAUGUUCAUCUUUGAGAAGAUCGAGGGUAACGACAGCAACUUCCUGGAAUUCGAAAUCACUGGCUCCACAUACGAACCCAUCGGCGACGUUUAUCUGAAGGGACAGAAAGUUAAGGCCGGCGAAUUCGACGCUCUCCAGGAAUUGGGUACCAUCUGCAUUAUGUGCAACGAUUCCGCUAUCGACUUCAACGAGUUCAAACAGGCUUUCGAGAAAGUCGGUGAAGCCACUGAGACCGCCCUUAUCGUGCUCGCUGAGAAGAUGAACCCCUUCAACGUGCCCAAGACCGGUCUCGACCGUCGUUCCUCCGCCAUCGUCGUCCGCCAAGAAAUCGAGACUAAAUGGAAGAAAGAAUUCACCCUGGAGUUCUCCCGUGACAGGAAAUCCAUGUCCACCUACUGCACACCUCUUAAGCCUUCCCGCCUCGGAACCGGUCCCAAACUGUUCGUCAAGGGCGCGCCUGAAGGUGUGUUGGAGCGUUGCAGCCACGCGCGUGUCGGCACUGCCAAGGUUCCUCUGACGUCUUCUCUGAAGAACCGCAUCCUGGACCUGACCCGCCAGUACGGUACCGGUCGCGACACGCUGCGUUGCCUGGCCCUGGCCACCGCUGACAGCCCCAUGAAGCCCGACGAGAUGGACCUCGGAGACUCGACCAAGUUCUACACAUAUGAAGUCAACCUCACCUUCGUCGGUGUCGUGGGCAUGUUGGACCCUCCCCGUAAAGAAGUAUUCGAUUCCAUCGUCCGCUGCCGCGCUGCUGGCAUCCGUGUAAUUGUCAUCACUGGCGACAACAAGGCCACCGCUGAAGCUAUCUGCAGACGUAUCGGCGUAUUCACCGAGGAUGAGGACACCACUGGCAAGUCAUAUUCCGGCCGCGAGUUCGACGACCUCCCCGUGUCGGAGCAACGCGCCGCCUGCGCGAAGGCGCGCCUGUUCUCCAGAGUGGAGCCCGCGCACAAGUCCAAGAUUGUUGAGUUCCUGCAGAGCAUGAACGAGAUCUCCGCUAUGACUGGUGACGGUGUGAACGACGCGCCUGCGCUGAAGAAGGCCGAGAUCGGUAUCGCCAUGGGAUCCGGCACCGCCGUAGCUAAGUCUGCCGCUGAGAUGGUACUCGCCGACGACAACUUCUCAUCCAUUGUCGCUGCCGUCGAGGAAGGCCGUGCCAUCUACAACAACAUGAAGCAGUUCAUCCGCUACCUGAUCUCGUCCAACAUCGGUGAGGUGGUGUCCAUCUUCCUGACGGCCGCCCUCGGAUUGCCCGAGGCGCUGAUCCCCGUGCAGCUGCUGUGGGUCAACCUCGUGACGGACGGGCUGCCCGCCACCGCCCUCGGCUUCAACCCCCCCGACCUCGACAUCAUGGACAAGCCCCCGCGUAAGGCUGACGAGGGUCUCAUCUCUGGAUGGCUGUUCUUCAGGUACAUGGCCAUCGGAGGAUACGUGGGCGCAGCGACCGUGGGCGCGGCGUCGUGGUGGUUCAUGUACUCGCCUUACGGGCCGCAGAUGACCUACUGGCAGCUCACGCACCAUCUCCAGUGCCUCAACGGCGGAGACGACUUCAAGGGCGUCGACUGCAAGAUCUUCACGGACCCGCACCCGAUGACGAUGGCGCUGUCGGUGCUGGUGACCAUCGAGAUGCUGAACGCCAUGAACAGCCUGUCGGAGAACCAGUCGCUGGUGUCCAUGCCGCCCUGGUCCAACCUCUGGCUCAUCGGCUCCAUGGCGCUCUCCUUCACGCUGCACUUCGUCAUCCUCUACGUGGAGGUCCUCUCGACGGUGUUCCAAGUGACGCCGCUGUCGUUGGACGAGUGGCUGACGGUAAUGAAGUUCUCAGUGCCGGUGGUCCUCCUGGACGAGGUCCUCAAGUUCGUGGCGCGCAAGAUAUCCGACGGUGAGCCCCGCUCCCUCGCCGACUGGCUCCACGGCAUGCAGUGGAUUGUGCUCAUGUGGGCCGUCUUCUUUGGCAUCAUCAUCUACGGACCCCUAUAAGAAGGCCCGACACCCCGAUUCACACCUAAUACCCAUGAGAUUCUACGCUACUUACUCUAGAUUCAAAAUCAAUUAUCGUUAUAUUAUUUUGACCUUAAUGGCUGACAAGUGCGAUAAGUCAUUAUGAUGUUCUGGCUACUGUUCAAAAACUUAAUUCUCAAUAACAAAAUAUUUGAUUUUGAAUGUAGACACCGUUAGGCAGGUAGCGUGGAGUCGGCUGUGGAACUCCAUGGACUAUGAGCUGAGCUCACCACAGUAGCUAACAGUUUGGUUGGAAUGCUAAUCCGCCGCACAGUGUGAGUGACCCCGCACCCUCCCCGCGGCGAACUGUGAACAAAGUGACCCCGGACAUUGCGGUGCUAGCUCCGCCCAAUAGAGUACGCGCGAGUGUGUUGCAUUUUAUAUAACGUGCGAGACAAUAAUUGUUUUGGAGCUCGUUUACGAACCGAUCUAUGGAGAAUCGGCUUUAGUUUCUCUUCUUAUCUUUCACCUUUGAUUGCUAGACGUGAAGUGGCUGUGAAGACCUUCAUUAUGAAUUCUAACUUGAGACACCAAAAAGGUUACUGAUUUUAAUAAAAGGGUAUAUUGUGUAAGUUUAGUUUUGCAUUUUGUAAUGAAUUUUGUAUAAAUGAUGUACUAAUGUAAGAAGCUCCAUUAGCAGAUUCGAUAAUAGCACAGCUCGCACAGCUCAGUACCUCGUCCGUAAAGACGGCAGACAUAUUUGAAAUUUUACUAUAUAUAGUGUAAUUUAUUAUAAGUGUAUUGUUAGGGACGUGGUUUAUAUUAUUUCUCGACGAACCUAUCGCCGAAAGGGAUCUAUUCUCUCUCUCUCCUUUCGCCUGUGGUCGCUUUUUAACAUUCCUUAAUGCAUUUCUUUUUCUAUCUCGAUUUUUUGCAAACAUUUUAGGAAGUAUUUAUAUUGCAACAUGUCGGGUCCGGACCACCGGAAGCUCGACUGUACACGGAAUAUACAUCUACAUGCUCCAUAUGCUUAUGUUACUUACCAACCUAACAUUGAAUGUGUCAUGUGUUGAAAAUAACCUAAUUGUAAUAAUUUGUAAUCACUCUUGCUAUAAAUAAUCACUACUUAUAAUUAUACAAACAUACGAGGUUGGUGUAGUAAAGUAAGCACCACUAUUAUUAUGAUGGCAACAUCAAUGCAGUAUACUGAAUCGCUUUAAUAUAUUUAUACUUAAUUUGAACUAACCCUAUAUAUUUUCCAGUGUACUAUGUAACCAUUAAAGAGUUAUUACAAAUUAGUAUUAAAUAAAGCAAUAUAGUUAAUGUAUGUACGAACAUUACAUUGUGUUCUUUGGUACUUUUGUUUCUUUGCAUUUGUUAUUUAAUUUUUGCAAGUCCUAUUUACUAGGCAUUCCUCAAAUAUUUUAUUUGUGGGACUUAUAUUAUUUUAAGUUGUACUUUCUUAGUUGAAUCCAAAUUUGUCGUCUUAAGGUACAUGGUCCGUACGUACAUAAGAUUAUUUUAUACUAGAAUUAAAACUUGCAUGGAUUGUAUGCAUGCUUACGAUUUCAAAGAGUGCAGUUUGGCGUGGUUUGACAUACUUAUCUUUUAUGAUAAAUUAUUGUGAAGUUCCAAAAUCAUAAGUAUAUUAUACAUGGUUAGGGGAUCCAGGAGACACUCUACACUGCACCAGGCAUGCUCAAAUCUUGUUACAAUGUCCCGACCCUUAUCUGUUACAGUUAUAACUUAUUUAAAAUGUACAGUCGUUUAUACAUAUUUUACAUUAAUUAAAAUUGUCGAGACUA